CGUCACGAGCUGUAGGUGUCAUGAAACGAAGAAAACUCACUUGCGGAGGGGAAGAGCACUGUUUAUAACAGCGCGUAUGGGAGCACAGGAGAAACUGGAUUAGUGGUUCAUACGAUUAAAAUGGCCAAAAACACAUCUCUGUAUUUUCGAAUUGUCGAGGGCAGAAACCUCCCGGCCAAAGACGUCUCCGGAACCAGUGAUCCAUACUGCAUUGUAAAAGUUGACAAUGAAGUUGUGGCCAGGACGGCCACAGUGUGGAAGAACCUUAAUCCUUUCUGGGGUGAAGAAUACACGUUGCAUCUCCCAAUGGGGUUUCAUUCGCUCUCUUUUCACGUUAUGGAUGAGGAUACAAUUGGGCACGAUGAUGUUAUUGGAAAGAUUACGCUGACCAAAGAAGCCAUUGGAGCUCAAGCUAAAGGGCUAGACUGCUGGCUAAAUCUCACAAAGGUUGACCCUGAUGAAGAAGUCCAAGGAGAGAUCCAUCUGGGUCUGGAGCUGCUUAAAGAUACGGAGAAGAUCAGUCUGCGGUGUCAAGUCAUUGAAGCCAGAGACUUGGCUCCAAGAGACAUUUCUGGAACCUCUGAUCCCUUCACAAGAGUUAUUUUCAACAACCAUAGUGCAGAGACCUCGAUAAUCAAGAAGACCCGUUUUCCUCACUGGGGUGAGACGUUAGAGCUGGAGCUGGAUCCAGAAGAGCUGCGUGAGGAGGAGGGGACUGUUACUGUACAGGUCUGGGACUGGGACAUGGUGGGCAAGAAUGACUUUCUGGGAAAGGUGGAAAUCCCUUUUGCUUGUUUGCACAAGACACCUCAGUUAGAGGGCUGGUUUCGUUUACUGCCCCUGGGAAACAAUGAGGUUGAUGCUGGUGGCAAGCUGGGAGCACUCCGUCUCAAGGUGCGUCUGGUGGAGGAUCAGAUCUUGCCAUCCAUGUACUAUCAGCCUCUCAUCGACCUUCUGGUUGAGUCGGUAAUCUCCCCUACAGAGGUGGAGGAUAGCAGCGCUCUGACUAUGCUGGAGGAGGUCACCACAGUUGAGAGCAGACAGGACGUGGCAAUGACUUUGGUGAAAAUCUACCUGGGACAAGGACUGGUGGUACCCUUCCUGGACUACCUUAAUACCCGGGAGGUCAACCACACCACUGAUCCUAACACCUUAUUUCGAUCAAACUCACUUGCCUCCAAAGCCAUGGAACAGUUCAUGAAGGCUGUUGGCAUGCUGUAUCUGCAUGAGGUGUUGAAGCCCAUCAUCAACCGCAUCUUUGAUGAGAAAAAAUACAUUGAACUUGACCCGUGUAAGAUCGACCUGAACCGCACAAGAAGGAUUUCAUUCAAGGGUGCAGUGUCAGAGGCAGAGGUGCGGGACAGCAGCGUGGAGAUGCUGCAGAGCUAUUUGACCAGCAUCAUCGAAUCAAUCGUGAGCUCAGUCGAUCAGUGUCCUCCUGUAAUGAGAGUGGCCUUCAAACAGCUGCACAAGAGAGUGGAGGAGCAAUUUACGGAGCCUGAGAAUGAGGAUGUGAAGUACCUGGCCAUCAGUGGAUUCUUCUUCCUGCGUUUUUUUGCUCCUGCAAUCCUCACACCUAAGCUGUUUCAGCUGAGAGACCAGCAUGCUGACACGCGUACAAGCAGAACACUGUUACUACUAGCCAAGGCACUACAAAGUGUUGGGAACUUGGGACUUCAGCUGGGCCACGGAAAAGAACAGUGGAUGGCGCCUCUUCAUCCCAUCAUCCUUCGCAGUGUGGCUUCUGUCAAGGACUUCCUGGACAAGUUAAUUGACAUAGAUCAUGACACUGCGUCUGAAGUGCCUCAGAGAGCUGUGUUCACGGCUUCAGUCACAGUCAAAGAGGGGUUUCUCCACAAACACAAAGCAGAAGGACCCCAACUGUUAUCCCGCUUUGCAUUUAAGAAACGCUACUUCUGGUUGACCAGUGAGACGCUGUCUUAUGCCAAGACUCCCGACUGGCAGGUGCGCUCUUCAAUUCCUAUUCAGUGUGUGUGCGCCGUGGAGAGGGUGGAUGAAAAUGCUUUUCAGCAGCAGAAUGUAAUGCAGGUCAUCACCCAGGACAACGACGGACAGCUGCACACCAUGUACAUCCAGUGCAAGAAUGUAAAUGAGCUGAACCAGUGGCUGUCUGCGAUCAGGAAAGUCAGCAUCUACAACGAGCGCAUGCUGCCCUCUUUUCACCCGGGGGUUCAUCGCAGUGGCAAGUGGACCUGCUGCCUGCAGGCCGACCGAGCUGUUGCAGGCUGCAGUAGAACCCACUCAGCUGUGACACUUGGUGACUGGAGUGACCCGCUGGAUCCCGACGUGGAGACUCAGACGAUAUACAAGCAGCUUCUGCAGGGCAAAGACAAACUCAGGAACAAAUAUCUGGAGAUGCCGGAUGAUGAUGAGACAGCGUGCAAUAAAGAAAAGAAGACGAAUGUGGAUGUUCACCCAGAUGGUGCUGAAAGCACUGUUCAGCAAAUGAAGCCAUGUCAGGGUAUCGCUGCUCGGCUGUUGGUGGUGAUAGAGGACCUGGAGCAGGCUCACGCUACCUUCCAGCGCAGAGAAAAGGAGGACGCCACCAGUGUUAUUAUGAAUCCCUAGAGUUAACAUGUGGACUGGGAGCCUUUAAUGCAUCAAGGCGGGUUAGGGGUGGGGUGUGGAAGGGCAGCAUCCUGUACCAAAACAAGUGAAAAUCAGCUAACCCACUCUCUUGAUUGUCAUGGAGAAAAAAGUGGCUGCGUGGUGCCACCUCUUCCAGCCUUUUAGUACAUUUCCUCCUGGCUGUAAAGAGGAAGAGGGAAUUCUGCCACUUUAAUCUUUUUGAUUCUCCGAGUGCCACCGACAAGAGCGCCGCAGGAAGAUUAUGAUACUUGACAAAAA